AUCGGAGCAGAGUGAAGCCGGGGAGAGCACGAAUCGGAAGAUCACACUGAAAUAUCAAUUUCAUCUAACAGAGCAAAGAUGCAGUGGAGUCUGUUUCUGCUCCUUCUGAUGGGCCAGUGUUCCUUCUUCAUGUGUCACCUCCAUGAGUACCACUUUGUUAAAGAGAAGAAGACCUGGACUGAAGCCCAGCAGUACUGCAGAGAGCAUCACACUGACCUGGCCACAGUGUCUGACAUGACAGACAUGGAGAGACUCCGUGACUCUGCACAGAAUCACAGUGGAGCCUGGAUUGGGCUUUCCAACCACACAGAUGCCAACAGGACGUGGCACUGGUCUCUGCCAGGGGUGGAGUACAAUGAAAAUAAGACAGAUUGGAAUACAAAUGAGCCAAAUGACAAGGAAAAACCUGAGAACUGUGUGCGGAUGAAGAAUAAAGAAUGGAGUGAUGCCCCCUGUACUAAAAAUCAGGAAUUUGUCUGCUAUGAUGAUAAAGUGAUCCUGAUCAAAGAGAACAAGACCUGGGAGGAAGCCUUGAAUUACUGCAGAGAGAAACACUGUGACCUGGUCUCCAUCACCAACCAUGACCAGCAGAGAUGGGUCCAAGAGAAAGCCAAGAAGGCUGACACUACCCAAGUCUGGCUGGGACUGCGCUACACCUGCGUUAUGGAUUUGUGGUUCUGGGUCAAUGACAAUGUGGUCUGCUACCAGAAGUGGGCCUCAGAAAAAAAGACUGAGAGCUGUGACAGGGCUGCAGCCAUGAGCAGAGAGGAAGGACAUGAGUGGUAUGAAAAGGCUGAUAAUGAAACAUUCAAUUUCAUCUGCACUGUAAAGUAAGUAUCCCAGGUCAGUGGUUGAA